GCCAUGCCAAGUGUGCGGCACGAAAGUCAACCCGGACACGGGCAAGUGCAAGCGAGCAGACACGAGCUCUUGCCCCAGCCAGCCGGACCUUGCCUUGAAAGUGCUGGCCACAGCGCACAUUGCUGACUGGAGUGGCGCGGCGGAGAACGUGCUCAUUCGCGGCGAGCAGUUGGCGGCGCUCGCCAGCGUGGACGACGAAGCCAAACUUGCGGAGCUGAUUGCGGAGAAGGGCACGCAGGCGCUCUGCUUCAAGGGGUCGUUCGGCGCGACGACCUGCGGAAACCACGCAAGUGGAUGCGUCUCAGACCAGUGGCGCUUCCUUGGCAAACUCUACGACAACUCGGACCGGUCUAUGGUCAAGAAGGUGAUCCGCUUGGAAAACCAGCGCGCGGAAGGCGCUGUGUUGCCAGUGGCAGAUCCAUAUCGAGAUCUCUCUUGCUCUGACUUGGGCAUCUUCUUUCCUCGCGGCAACGUCUUUGCCUCCCACAUCUCCAUGCUGGCGGUCGCGAAGGAUGACCCGGACAUCAGAGAGGUUGACAUCAACGGGGACAAGCAUUUG